CUCUGCACAGCCCCGCUCCCACCGCCUUCCCUCCCAGUGCCCACAGGGUGGGGUGAUGCCCUGCUGCAACACCAACCCUUUUCCUGCAGGGGAGGGGGGUCAGCCUAGCGCAGACUGCCGAGCUCCACUCUUGCCUGAACAGGUGAGCAUCGCACAGGAAUGCGCGCCGGGUGACUCACCAGCGCCCUCGUACCUGGGCCGGAUAAAGCUGCCUCUCCUCUGCCCGCCCGAUGUCUCUCUGCUCCUUUCCUGCUUUCUUUCCUCCCUCCCUCCCUCCCUCUCUGACAGUGUCGGGCGCUCUUGCUCUUUAGCACACACACGCACACUUACUCACACGCAGGAGAGCGGCUCCCACUAGCCAGGAAAGGGGGGAAGAUCAUCAGAAGCAAAAGGGACCAGACCCCGGGAAAGGAGGAAGAGGAUGCCCUGGCCAGGGGCAUGGGCUGGGCUGCUCUUCUGGGCAGUUCUGUGCAUCGGCCUCCAAGGGAACACAGCUAAUCGUUGCAAGAAGGCUUUGGUGAAGAGCUGUACCGAGUGCAUCCGUAUAGACAAGGACUGUGCCUACUGCACUGAUGAGACAUUCAAGGACCGUCGCUGUAACACUAGAGAGGAACUGCUGGCCAUGGGCUGUGAGGCCGGGAGUGUGGUGUUCAAGGAAAGCAGCUUCCAUAUCACAGAGUACACCGAGAUCGACACCACCCUGAAGAAGAGCCAGGUGUCCCCCCAAGCCAUGCACGUGCGCCUCAGGCCCGGUGAGGAGAAAAGCUUCGAGUUCCAAGUGUUUGAACCCCUGGAAAGCCCCGUGGACCUGUACAUCCUCAUGGACUUCUCCUAUUCCAUGUCUGACGAUCUGGCUAACCUCAAGCAGAUGGGACGCAACUUAGCCCGGGUCUUGAGCCAGCUCACAAGCGACUACACUAUUGGCUUUGGGAAAUUUGUGGAUAAAGUCAGUGUCCCACAGACAGACAUGAGGCCGGACAAGCUGAAGGAACCCUGGCCCAACAGUGACCCACCCUUCUCCUUCAAGAACGUGAUCAGCCUAACAAAAGAUUUGGAGGAGUUCCGGCACAAGCUGCAGAGGGAACGAAUCUCGGGCAACCUGGACGCCCCUGAGGGCGGCUUUGAUGCCAUCUUGCAGACAGCCGUGUGCACGAAGGAGAUUGGCUGGAGGAAAGACAGCACCCACCUGCUGGUGUUCUCCACAGAGUCGGCCUUCCACUACGAGGCAGACGGCGUCAACGUGCUGGCAGGGAUCAUGAAGCGCAACAGCGAGGAGUGCCACCUGGACUCCACGGGCACCUACACCCAGUACAACCAGCAGGACUACCCAUCCGUGCCCACCCUCGUGCGCGUGCUUGCCCACUACAACAUCAUCCCCAUCUUCGCUGUCACCAACCACUCCUUCAGCUACUAUGAGAAGCUGCACAGCUACUUCCCAGUCUCCUCCCUGGGCUUGUUGCAUGAGGACUCGGCCAACAUCGUGGAACUACUGGAAGAGGCCUUUUAUCGAAUCAAAUCUAACUUGGAUAUCAGGGCUCUGAAUACCCCCCGGGGCCUGCGGACCGAAGUCACCUCCAAAAAAUACAAGAAGACAAAGGCUGGGUCUUUCCAAAUCCAGCGUGGGGAAGUGGGAACUUACCAUGUGCAGCUGCGGGCAGUGGAGCAAGUGGACGGGAAGCACGUGUGCCUGCUACCUCCUGAGGAUCAGGGAGGAGAAAUCCAUCUCAAACCCUCCUUCUCCGACGGACUCAGGAUCGACACCAGCAUCAUCUGUGAUGUGUGUGAUUGUGAGCUGCAAAAGGAGCUUCUGUCGACCAAGUGCAGCUCCCACGGGAACUUCACGUGUGGGCACUGUGUGUGCAAGGAGGGCUGGAGUGGCAAGUCUUGUAACUGCUCUACGGGCUCCCUGAGCGACACAAAGCCCUGCAUCCCAGAGGGGGAAGACAAGGUUUGCUCUGGGCGAGGAGAAUGCCAAUGUGGGCGCUGCGUGUGCUAUGGAGACGGACGCUACGAAGGACAGUUCUGCCAGCAUGAUAAUUUCCAGUGUCCUAGAACCUCGGGCUUCCUGUGCAAUGACCGGGGCCGCUGCUCCAUGGGCCAGUGCAUAUGUGAAAAGGGCUGGACAGGAAAGAGCUGUGAGUGUCCACUCAGCAACGCCACCUGCAUCGACAGCAAUGGGGGCAUAUGUAAUGGGCGAGGGCGCUGUGAGUGUGGACGUUGCCACUGUGACCAAGUCUCCCUCUACACUGAUACCACCUGUGAGAUCAGCUACUCUGCAGCAUUCCUAGGGGUAUGUGAGGACCUGCGUUCCUGUGUUCAGUGCCAAGCCUGGGGCACAGGGGUGAAGAAGGGGCAGAAGUGUGCUAGCUGUAACUUCAAGGUGAAGAUGGUGGAGGAGCUGAAGAAAGCAGAAGAAGUGUUGGAAUACUGUUCCUUCCGUGAUGAGGAUGAUGACUGCACAUACAGCUAUACUGUAGAAGGGAACGAAGCCAUUGGACCCAACAGCACCGUUCUUGUGCAUAAGAAAAAAGACUGUCCUCCUGGAACCUUCUGGUGGCUCAUCCCGUUGCUUAUCUUCCUCCUGCUGCUCUUGGCCCUGCUGCUGCUGCUCUGCUGGAAGUACUGUGCCUGCUGCAAGGCCUGCCUGGCCCUGCUCCCCUGCUGCAACAAAGGCCACAUGGUGGGCUUCAAGGAAGAUCACUAUGUGUUGAGGGAGAACCUCAUGGCUUCGGACCACCUGGACACGCCAAUGGUACGCAGUGGAAACCUGAAAGGGCGCGACAUGGUCCGCUGGAAGAUCAACAAUGGCAUCACCAGCCAUGCUGCCAAUCCCAAAGAGCUGGUCCCAUUUAGGUUAUCCCUGCGCCUUGCCCGCCUCUGCACCGAGAACCUGCUGAAACCUGAUACUCGGGAGUGUGAUCAGCUGCGCCAGGAAGUGGAAGAAAAUCUGAAUGAAGUUUACAGACAGAUUCCAGGGGUUCACAAGCUUCAGCACACCAAGUUUCGGCAACAGCCCAAUGCUGGGAAAAAGCAGGACCACACAAUUGUGGACACAGUGCUGAUGGCCCCCCGGUCAGCCAAGUUGCCUCUGCUGAAGCUAACAGAGAAGCAAGUCUCCCAGGGAGCAUUCCAUGAGCUCAAGGUGGCCCCUGGCUACUACACCCUCACUGGAGACCAGGAUGCCCGAGGCAUGGUGGAAUUUCAGGAAGGAGUAGAGCUGGUAGAUGUUCGCGUCCCUCUUUUCAUCCGUCCAGAUAAUGAUGAUGAUCAGCAUCUGGUGGUAGAGGCCAUUGAUGUACCCGUGGGCACUGCCACCAUUGGGCGUCGCCUGGUCAACAUAACCAUCAUAAAGGAACAAGCCAGCGGGAUAGUAUCAUUUGAUCAGCCAGAGUAUUCCUUCAACCACAUGGACCAGGUAGCCCGGAUUCCUGUUACCAGACGCGUCAUGGACAGUGGCAAGUGUCAAGUGUCCUACCGAACACAGGAUAAUACAGCUCGGGCCAACCGGGACUACAUCCCUGUGGAAGGAGAUCUGCUCUUCCAGCCAGGGGAGACAAAGAAGGAGCUGCAAGUGAAAUUGCUGGAUCUACAGGAAAUGGACUCCCUCCUUUUGGGCCAUCAAUCCCGACGUUUCCACAUCCAUCUAACCAAUCCCAAGUAUGGCGCUCGGCUGGGCGAGCAGCACUCUGCCACAGUCCUCAUCGAAAGUCUGGAUAAGGACUUCAUUGGACAGACGUCUUCCUCAUAUUCCACCCCGGCUGAACCAGGUGCCCCCCAGAACGCCAAUGCCAAGGCCGUUGGUUCCCGUAGGAUCCAUUUCAAUUGGAUACCACCUCCUGGCAAGCCAUCUGGAUAUAGGGUAAAAUACUGGAUACAGGGUGAUCCUGAAUCUGAGGCUCGGUACCUUGAUUGCAAAGUACCCUCAGUGGAGCUCACCAACCUAUACCCAUAUUGUGACUAUGAAAUGAAGGUCUGUGCUUAUGGGCCAUCGGGUGAGGGACCUUAUAGUCCCCUGGUAUCCUGUCGUACCCAUGAGGAAGUCCCCAGUGAACCUGGACGCCUGGCCUUCAACGUUGUUUCCUCCACUGUCACCCAGCUAAGCUGGGCCGAGCCAGCUGAGACCAAUGGGGAGAUCACAGCCUAUGAGGUCUGCUACGGAUUAGUCAACGAGGAGAACAAACCCAUCGGGCCCAUGAAAAAAGUACUGGUGGAUACACCCAAGAAGCGGACAUUGUUGAUUGAGAACCUUCGAGAAUCACAGCCCUAUCGCUAUACAGUAAAGGCCCGCAAUGGGGCAGGCUGGGGGCCAGAGAGAGAAGCCAUCAUCAAUCUUGCCACCCAACCCAAACGGCCCAUGUCCAUCCCCAUCAUCCCAGACAUCCCCAUCGUGGACGCCCAAGGUGGGGAAGACUACGAUAGCUUCCUCAUGUACAGCGAUGAUGUCCUGCGUUCCCCUGCCAGCAGCCAGAGACCCAGUGUCUCUGAUGACACAGGCUCCUGCUGGAAGUUCGAGCCACUGCCAGGGGAGAACCUGAAUUUCCGGCAGAUCACGUGGCAGCUGCCCCCAGAAUUCAUCCCCCGCCUGUCCAGCAGCAGCGGGCUCUCCUCUGAGGCUGAGGAGCUCAUCCUGCCCCAGGAUUAUAGCAACCCAGGAGGCAGCCUCCCCCGAAGGGGGACCCCCCACCCCCCAGCAGAGCACUUACUGAAUGGGAGGCUGGACUUCGUUUUCCCGGGCAGUGCUAACUCACUGCACAGGAUGACCACCACCACAUCCAACUACGGUACCCAUCUGAGCCCCCACCCACAACACCGAAUACUAAGCACUUCUUCUACUCUCACCCAAGACUACCAUUCCCUGACUCGCACAGAGCACUCGGCAACCCUCCCCCGAGACUACUCCACACUGGCCUCCGUCUCUUCCUACGGCCUCCCUCCCAUUCAGGAAGAUGGGGGGAGCGGGGCUCGGGUUUCUGUGCCCAAGGACCGAGUCCGGGUGAAGGUUGUCCAUUCCUACAGUGGCUUUCAGGAUUCUGUAAUUCUGAGCAGACCAGCAGCACACUGGGGCCCAGAAUCCCGUCUGCCGUCUGGGGUACCUGACACCCCCACCCGCCUGGUAUUCUCGGCCUUGGGACCAACAUCCCUCAAAGUAAGCUGGCAGGAGCCACAAUGUGAUCGAGCCCUGCAAGGCUACAGCAUGGAGUACCAGCUGCUGAGUGGAGGUGAGCUGCACAGGCUACACAUCAACGACCCUCACCAGACCUCUGUGGUUGUGGAAGACCUCCUGCCUAAUCACUCCUACAUCUUCCGGGUCCGGGCCCAGAGCCAGGAAGGCUGGGGUCCAGAGCGUGAGGGUGUCAUCACCAUUGAGUCCCAGGUGCACCCUGAAAGUCCACUCUCUCCUCUGCCAGGUUCACCCUACACUCUGAGCACUCCCAGUGCCCCAGGCCCCUUGGUCUUCACAGCCUUAAGUCCGGACUCACUGCAGAUGAGCUGGGAACGACCUCGCCGACCCAAUGGGGACAUUCUGGGGUACCUGGUGACCUGUGAGAUGGCUCAUGGAGGCCCAUCCACUACCUUCCAGGUGGAAGGCGACCACCUGGAGAACCGGCUGACAGUGCCUGGUCUGAGUGAAAACGUGCCUUACAAAUUCAAAGUCCAGGCAAAGACAACGCAAGGUUUUGGGCCAGAGCGUGAGGGCAUCAUCACUAUUGAAUCUCAGAACGGAGGUCCCUUUCCACAGCUGGGAGGGCACUUUGGGCUUCAGCAGGAGGCAGCUCAGUUUCCCAGAGAGUAUAGCAGCAUCACCACUUCAACCCAUUCCAGCAUCACCAAGCCCUUCUUAGCAGACGGACUGGUCCUAGGGACCCAGCAGCUUGAGGCCGGAGGCUCCCUCACUCGUCAGGUGACGCAGGAAUAUGUGAGCCGAACACUGACGUCUAGCGGGACCCUGACCAAGCAGCUCGAGCGCCAGUUUUUCCAAACAUGAGAGGUCCUUAGGUGCCAGUGCACCUCCCCCCAUUCUUUUUUCUUUCCCCUAAACCAGCCUGUAGCACUUCCAAAAGAGUGAGGCAAUCAUUGCUCUUUGCCAACCCAACCCUGAUUAUCCUCGAGGGGGCAAAGUGGGGGUACAGACUCCCGGGGGAGGGAGGAGAGAUGAGGGGAGAUCCAACAGGUCUGGCCUGCAACUCCAAACCCAAUCUGUAACCAAAUAGCUGAUUAGAGGGGGGCCUCUAAUCUUCAUCUUGCCACUUAAUAAUAAAUGUUUUUGCUACCAA